CGUACCAUAGACUACAAGUAACCAAAGAUUUACAAUAAUGGACCCACAAAUCAGCGAAAAGGCCGACAUAGACUCUUACCUGUUUGUCGGGCUAAAGCCCUUUAUGUGUGUCAUAUACACAGAAACGUCCUUCACGUCAACAAAGGGCAAUACGCGCCCAGCCGAGAGAACACUUACGGAAAAGGGCGAGUUCAACCGAAUGCGACAAACCACACGAACACACAGCCACCGGAAAGCCUACCAACACUGUGUGCGUGUCUACAGUCAGACAACAAAGGCCGAUAAGCGCCCAGCGGACAGAACAGUUACGGAAAAGGGCGAGUUCAGCCGAUUGCCACUAACCACGCGCGAACACACAGACACCGGAAAGAUGGCGACCGCCGGUCUAGAGAAGAAAGUAAAGGAUAAUUUCCUUACGUGCUCCAUCUGCUUCGAGAUGUACACAGACCCGUGCACACUGAGGUGUGAUCACACAUUCUGCAGGAAAUGUGUCACCUCAUACAUCCAAACCAGACCUGAUGCUGUACAGUCCAAGACCAUCCCCUGUCCCAACUGUCGACAAGACACCAAGGUCCCCAACCCCAGCAGUCCGGUGGAGGAGUGGGCGGGGCAGAUCAAACCCAGCAUCACUAUACAGGGGCUGAUUGACACCUAUAGAUCUGAGGUGGCUGUGCCAGGAACUUCAAGCACCUGUUGUACGAUCUGUCAGCAACUAGGGGAGACAACUCCAGGGGUCUUGUGGUGUCCUGAGUGUGAAGUGGUCCUCUGCGACAAAUGUGUGAAGACACACCGGGUGACCCCUAUUUCACUGAACCAUGACCUGUGUGACCUGUCGUGUAGGUCAAAGGUGAAACGGAGGAUCAAGUGUACGGAACACAAGAGUAACCGUGUUGAGUUCCACUGUCAAGACUGUGGGAAGGCUGCCUGUCAGACAUGUUGUAUCAUCUACCACAGAGCUUGUAAGGCUGUCGUCACCAUUGAGUCUAUGAAGCCAAGGAUGAAGGCAGCACUGAUGGAGAAGAAACUUGGCAUGGAGAAGAGACUGAAAGUGAGGUCGAAGAAAGUAGACAUACGAAACGAGAAGCUCCUAAGUAGUUCUAGAAUCACGAAGUCAGCUGUUCAAAAUAUAAGAUUGAUCUGCCAGACAGCCAUUAACAAGAUUAAACAGAAAGAAACACAACUCUUGGAAGAACUGAAUAACAUAUUACGGACAUACGCCGACCAACUCCGAGCUGAUGUGAAACUGGAAGAGAUCGAGAUGCAGAUGUACAGACAACAUUGUGAGUUUAUUUACCAGGCCUUGGUAUCGGACUGUGAGAUGGACCUAUAUGACGCGUAUCAGGUCUGGGAGUCUGGAGCUGUAGAGAUGGAGGAUGUCAGAGGUACAGAGGCAGCAGACACCCGGAGAAUAGAUGACGUCAUCUUUACACCAGACACUGACAAUGUCCUUAAGGCCCUAGAUAACCUACAGUUGGGGAAGAUUGACGUCACAUACAGGGAUCAGGAGCGAUGUGUGCCAUCUCUAGUGCUGGUUGACACGAUGGAUAGGAGGAUGGCGGAUGAUGAUAAGAUGGCGACCGCCGGGCUGGAGAAAAAAGUAAAAGAUAAUUUCCUGACUUGCUCCAUCUGCUUCGAGAUGUACACAGACCCAUGUACACUGAGGUGUGAUCACACAUUCUGCAGGAAAUGUGUCACCUCAUACAUCCAAACCAGACCUGAUGCUGUACAGUCCAAGACCAUCCCCUGUCCCUGCUGUCGACAAGACACCAAGGUCCCCCACCCCAGCAGGCCGGUGGAGGAGUGGGCGGGGCAGAUCAAAGCCAGCAUUGUGAUACAGGGGCUGAUUGACACCUAUAGGUCCGAAGUAGCUGUGCAAGAGACCUCGAGCACCUGUUGUACGAUCUGUCAGCAACUAGGGGAGACAACUCUAGGGGUCUUGUGGUGUCCUGAGUGUGAAGUGGCCCUCUGUGACAAAUGUGUGAAGACACACCGGGUGACACCCAAUUCACUAAACCAUGACCUGUGUGAUCUGUGGUCUAGGUCAAAUGUCAAACGGAGGAUCAAGUGCACGGAACACAAGAGUAACCUUGUUCAGUUCCACUGUCAAGACUGUGGGAAGGCUGCCUGUCAGACAUGUUGUAUCAUCUACCAUAGAGCUUGUAAGACUGUCGUCACCAUUGAGUCUAUGAAGCCAGGGAUGAAGGCAGCACUGAUGGAGAAGAGACUUGGCAUGGAGAAGAGACUGAAAGUGAGGUCGAAGAAAGUAGACAUAAAACAGGAGAAACUCCAAAGUAAUUCUAGAAUCACAGAGUCAGCUGUUCAAAAUAUUAGAUUGAUCUGCCAGACAGCUAUUAACAAGAUUAAACAGAAAGAAACACAACUCUUGGAUGAACUGAAUAACACAUCACAGACAUACGCCGACCAACUCCAAGCUGAUGUGAAGCUGGAAGAGAUCGAGAUGCAGAUGUACAGACAACAUUGUGAGUUUAUUGACCAGGCCUUGGUAUCGGACUGUGAGAUUGACCUGUAUGACGCGUAUCAGGCCUGGGAGUCUGGAGCUGUAGAGAUGGAGGAUGUCAGAGGUACAGAGGCAGCAGACAUCCGGAGAAUAGAUGACGUCAUCUUUACACCAGACACUGACAACGUCCUGAAGGUCCUCGAUAACCUGCAGUUGGGGAAGAUUGACGUCCCAUACCAGGAUCAGGAGCAAUAUCUGCCAUCUCCAGUGCUGGGUGACACGAUAGAUGGGAGGAUGGAGGGUGAUGAGAAGGACCCUUUUCUAUUUGAUGUGACAGUCCUGGUUGUAGAUGGUGUACAGACAUGUGUUGUUACGGACGAUAAUAACAAGUGCGUGAAAUCUUUCUUCACAAGAAAUAAUCAUUCAUGCCAUAGUAAACUUCCCCUUGGCAACGCCCCACGUGGGAUAACACAGUUGAAUGAGAAGCAAGUGAUGGUUGCUGUCCCAUACUCCCAUCAGAUUGUAAUAAUAGAAGUGACCCCUGACCUGGUGCUGCUCUCUACCACCAAAACACCUGCUGGAUACUUCAGUCUGGCUGUUCUGAAUCCUUCAUCUCUAGCAGCAGGUACUUGGGAAUGUGUUGAUAUCCUGGACAUGGCUGGACACGUGUUGAGGUCAGUCACUACAUACAAUGAUGACUCGCUGUUUUCCUGUCCCUUCAACAUGUGUGUCAACAACAAGGGCAACCUACUUGUGUCUGACUGUAUGAAUACUUCUGUGACAUGUCUGACGUCAGGGGGGGAUGUUUUAUGGAGAUACGCCCCCACCGGAGACAAGGCACUCAGCUACCCUUGUGGUAUCACAACUACCAGCACAGGAGACAUCCUGGUUGUAGACUGGGACGCAGACAAGGUGAUACAGCUGACAGAGUCGGGAGAGUUUGUCAGGGAGCUGCUCACGUUAGAAGAUGGCGAUCAGGCAGGCAUGUGCGAUAUAUUCUGUGAUAAAUACGGUUUCUUAUUUCUAUGCACAGACACGGAAGUAAAGGGUGCGCGUUUGUCUGACAUAAAAAUCAAAAGAAUGAAAGUCAGUGCAGAGCUGCGGUUUAUGACAUUCUGUGCAUGGUGUUAG